AACCAACCAAACAGAUAAAGAAGGAGAUAGAACAUACAGAUUUUCAACUGAUAAAAAAUUUGUCAGGGAGCUUGUUACCUUUAGCCUUUAGGCAAUGGAGGCUGUACAGUUCUCGACCGUUGCCUCCCGCCAUUUCUCUACACCCUCUUUUGCGAGAAACAACAAGAGUUUCUCUUACUAUUCAAGUUGUUCAAGAAAUUCAGCUAGAUCUUCUUGUUCUUCGUGGACUGGCUCAAGCAAUAAUGUCACUUCGCUUUCUUCAAGAAAUUCUUUCACUAGAGAGAUAUGGAGGUGGGUGAAUUGUAAGAGUGUUGUUACUUUGGGAAGAGAAAUGGGGGGUGGCGUGAUCAAAGCAGAGAUGUUUGGUCAGUUAACUAGUGGCCUUGAAUCCGCUUGGAACAAGCUCAAAGGAGAAGAGGUUUUGACUAAGGAGAAUAUUGCGGAGCCAAUGAGGGAUAUAAGAAGAGCUCUACUGGAAGCAGAUGUAAGCCUUCCUGUGGUUCGAAGGUUUGUGCAAUCAGUCGGUGACCAAGCUGUUGGUGUUGGCCUCAUAAGAGGAGUGAAACCUGAUCAGCAAUUUGUCAAGAUUGUGCGUGAUGAGCUUGUGAAAUUGAUGGGUGGAGAGGUAUCUGAAUUGGUCUUUGCAAAAUCUGGUCCCACUGUAAUAUUACUGGCCGGCCUACAAGGUGUUGGGAAGACAACUAUUUGUGCAAAGUUAGCUAAUUAUCUUAAGAAACAGGGGAAGUCUUGCAUGCUUGUUGCAGGAGAUGUGUACAGACCUGCUGCCAUUGAUCAACUUGUUAUUUUGGGUGAACAGGUAGGCGUGUCUGUUUAUACUGAAGGAACCGAUGUUAAACCUCCAGAAAUAGCUAGGAAAGGUUUAGCGGAAGCCAAAAAGAAGAACAUAGACGUGGUCAUAGUAGACACUGCAGGAAGGCUUCAGAUAGACAAAGCGAUGAUGGAUGAGCUGAAAGAUGUUAAAAGGGUAUUGAAUCCAACGGAAGUUUUGCUUGUUGUGGAUGCAAUGACUGGGCAAGAAGCUGCGGCCUUGGUAACAACGUUCAAUCUGGAAAUUGGAAUUACGGGUGCCAUUUUGACCAAACUAGAUGGGGAUUCUAGAGGUGGUGCAGCUCUGAGUGUUAAAGAGAUAUCAGGAAAGCCAAUCAAGCUUGUAGGACGCGGAGAGCGAAUGGAGGAUCUUGAACCUUUCUACCCAGAUCGAAUGGCUGGACGCAUCUUAGGAAUGGGAGAUGUUCUGUCCUUUGUUGAGAAGGCUCAAGAAGUUAUGCAACAAGAAGAUGCUGAAGAUUUGCAGAAGAAGAUUAUGAGUGCCAAUUUUGACUUCAAUGAUUUCCUAAAGCAAACUCGUGCUGUUGCUAAGAUGGGUUCCAUGACUCGUGUCCUAGGGAUGAUCCCAGGAAUGGCAAAGGUUACUCCUGCACAAAUUCGAGAAGCCGAGAAGAGUUUAAAGAUAAUGGAAGGAAUGAUUGAAGCGAUGACUCCUGAGGAGAGAGAGAAACCAGAAUUGUUAGCAGAAUCUCCUCAAAGGAGGAAAAGAAUUGCUCAGGCUUCUGGAAAAACAGAGCAGCAGGUGAGCCAACUGGUUGCUCAACUCUUUCAAAUGCGUGUUCGUAUGAAGAACCUAAUGGGUGCAAUGGAUGGCGGAUCUAUUCCUUCUCUGAGCAAUCUUGAGGAUGCACUAAAAACCGAACAGAAGGCUUCUCCUGGUGCUGCAAGGAGGAGGAGAAAAUCUGAAUCAAGGAGGCGAUUUGUUGACUCGGUAUCAUCAAGGCCAAGUCCUCGUGGUUUUGGAUCAAGUAAUUAGGAGCUUAAGCUGGCAGGCGCUGCAAGAAUGACUUAAAGCAAACGAAUCAUAGCCCCAGUCCUUUUACGAGUUCUCACAUAUCUCCACUUAUCAUGAAGGUAGAGUUCAAAGCUCGCUGAGAUUAAGGGACUUGAUAGUUAAUGACAAUUCUCUUCAUGAAUACAAAAUUUUUAAGACUAAUGUUUUCAACCGUCCUCGUGGCGAAGAACCAUGCAUUAAUGCCUGUAAGUAACUUGUUUAAGAAUUCAGAUGUGAAUGUAUUAACGGGGAACAAAGGCUGAGACGAAAUCAUGUUAUUCUGGUAAUAUUUUUAGUACACAAACUGUUGUGCAAUCUGUAAUGACAAGUGUUCAUCGCUUAUGUUCUACCCAGUAGCGGGGCUUUUUUCUUC